UCGUCUUUGCUCGGGGUGGUUUGUUCCGAGGAGCGCAGAUAAACCGUUCUGUCAAAAGGCGCAGCUCUCCGUUGUGCGCGCCAAGCCCGGGCCGGGGCGCCGGCUCCCGUGCGCUCGCUCACCGCCCACCUCGCUCUCCAGCCCCGGGACCGGGUCGCCCCCUCCACGAGGCAGCGGAAGGCGGAGACGGCGAGACUGGCCUGGGGGCGGCGGGGGAGGCCGCGAUGUCCACAGGCUCCGUGAGCGACCCGGAGGAGAUGGAGCUGCGGCGUCUGCAGCGCGGGUACCCGCCCCCCGCCUCCAAAAGACCGCCGCUCCGGGGCCCCGAGCGCAGCUACCUCUCGCGCAGUGACAACUCUUCGGCCGAGGAGGAGGACCCCGACGGCGACGAGGAGCGGUGCGCGCUGGGCGCGGCCGGAGGCGCGAGAAACUGCAAGAGGAAGCGGCCGCGCGCGGCUGGGGGCGGCGGCAAGAAGCCCCUCCCGCCCAAGGGCUCGGCCGCCGAGUGCAAACAGUCGCAGCGGAACGCGGCCAACGCCCGCGAGCGCGCCCGGAUGCGAGUACUGAGCAAAGCCUUCUCCAGGCUCAAGACCAGCCUGCCCUGGGUGCCCCCUGACACUAAGCUCUCCAAACUGGACACGCUCCGGCUGGCUUCCAGCUACAUCGCGCACCUGCGGCAGCUGCUGCAGGAGGACCGCUACGAGAACGGCUACGUGCACCCGGUGAAUCUGACGUGGCCAUUCGUAGUCUCCGGAAGACCAGACUCUGACACCAAAGAAGUUUCUACAACCAACAGGCUAUGUGGGACCACUGCUUAGAUGAACUGACUUGAUGGGAAUAUCCGUUCAAGGCUUCCAUCUGGGGGAUCAUGGAGAGAAGGAAAACCUCGGAGAAUAAGAAGAAUUGGAUUCUCUUAAACCCUCCUCACCUUCCCUGGAAUUGAGAACUGGACAGGUGUUAGACUUGGGGGACAGAAGCGGGUGUGGCACCUGUGGCUGUGCGUAUUCGCAAAGCACCGACCAUUAGGCUGCAGCAGAUCUACGCAAAGACAUUUAACUCUCCCGAGUUUCCUAGAUUCGUGGACGAGAUAGCGUCUCUGCGCUGCUGUAGGAGCCUUGUACAAAGCUUCAUUGGAGUUUUCAGGCCGAAACAGAUACCUUUAUGAUGGCACAACUCUGUACAAAUCAGACUUGUUACGGUUACACAUGGUUAGCACGGUCUCUCGACGAUCGACUUUCAAGACAAAUCUUACAUGCGACCCCCCACCCCCAAUCGGAAGAGGUCUUAAAGUUGCCGAGAGAGGAGAGUGGCAUAUAUGGGUCAGGUUUGUAUACCACAGGACAAUACUCUCCAAGUGGGCUGAACUUUGCUCAUUCCGAGUUUGGAGAGGUGGAGAUAAACUUUCAGAGACUUCCAGGACUGGACUUUGCCUGGAGCGCGCGCGGGGUAGGGGACCUUCCAGCUUUGGUCAGACCCUCCCCUGCCCCGGACUCCCACCCCACCCGUAUGUUUCCACCUCAUCUCACCUUAAACUUUGAAAGCUGGUGUCUCACACCCUCUUCCCUACCAGCUCCACUCCAGUCUGCAUCCUUGGCUCCUUGGCUCUCUAGUCCUCCUCCUCCUCCUAUCCCCGUUUCCCAUCAAGGACUCCUGACACUUUUGCCCUUUAACUUCUAGUUGGCCCUCCCCAAUAACCUCAGCACUAAUUUGCUGUUUUCUUUUGUUUGUUUUCUUUGUUUGUUUGUUUUUCAAAAGGAGCAUGCCAUGCCGACUGUUGGGUGGGCAGCUGAGGCUGUGGGGUAGUUGUUACCCAGCCACCCAGAGGCCCCCCCCCCCGUAACUCCCCCUGAUACAGCUGCACCUAGACAGUCGUCAGAAAAUGUAAAUGUUUAUUUUUAUGAAUAAUAAAAGGCUUUGUGAAAAUC